GAGAAUCGGCGGAGGAGGAGGAGGCCUCCAUCAACACGAGGAGGAGCGAUUAAAGUCCCCACCCCCCUCCCCCCCCGACAUUCGUCAGUUCCCCGGUACCACCAAAGUUUGUCGAUUUAAGAGAGCGGAAAUCUCUGAAAGCUCUCCUCCCGGGGUGCCAUCAUAGGUUGACGAUCGUCAUCGUCGUCGUCGGCAGCAGUAACAUCGGCUGCAAUCGGCAAGCGAAAAACAAACCAAUCAGCUGAAUCAUCAGCAUCAUCAUUGGCAUUGUAAACUGCAGUAGCCAGGAUCAUUAAAAUCGGCAACUGAAUAUCACCACCACCAUCAAUAUCAACGUAAAAAUUAGUGCGCCAUCAGUAAGGCAUCGCCUGCAAUAGCACCAUCAUCGGCUCCAUCAGUACGACAUCACAGCACCGGCAAUACCACCGUCAUCAUCACCAUCAUCAAUACCAUUGGUAGGGCAUCGGUAUCACAUCACCAUCAUCAUCACCAUCAUCAUCAACACCAUCAUCAACACCAUCGGUAGGGCAUCGGGAUCACAUCACCAUCAUCAACACCGUCAUCAACACCAUUGGUAGGACAUUGCUAUCACAUCACCAGCACUACCAUCAUCAACAUCAUCGGUAGGGCAUUGCUAUCACAUCACCAACGAUACCACCAUCAUCAACAACACCAUCGGUAGGGCAUCGGUAUCACAUCGCCAGCACUACCACCACCAUCAUCAGCAUGCAGGAACAUCACGAGGUUAGCCCCGCUCCCCCCGCUCCCACGCCUUCCCAUCACCAUCACGCGGGAGGAGGAGGAGGAGGUGACUGUGAUGGAGGAGGAGGAGGUGAUGGCAGCCACUUCUUCGAGGGGACUGAGAAGCUCCUGGAGAUCUGGUUCAGCGGAGACUCGGAGAGCGGAGACCUGAGACAAAUCCCCAGGCACCGUCUGGAUGAGCUGAUGAAGACGAUCCACUGCCUCAUCAUGAGUGAGAGCCACACUGACCAGCACGACGCCUACAUUCUGAGUGAGAGCAGCUUGUUUGUGUCGUCACGGCGAGUGAUCCUCAAGACCUGUGGCUCCACUCUGCUGCUCCGAGCCCUCGGCCCGCUGCUCCAGCUGGCCGAGAGCCACGCGGGGCUCACGCACAUCGAGGAGAUCUUCUACUCGCGUAAGAACUUCUUGAAGCCAAGCUCACAGCAGUUCCCUCACCGUAGCUUCCAGGAGGAAGCCGCAUUCCUGGAGCACAUUCUGCCUGGAGGAGCCUCCUACUGUAUGGGACCGAUGAACAAGGACUGCUGGUACCUGUACACUCUGGACCGCUCGCUCCCCGCAUCUCCUCAUCUGCGAGCUCCGGACCAGACGCUGGAGGUGCUGAUGAGCGAGCUGGACCCGGCCGUGAUGAGCCUCUUCUUCCAGCGCAAGGGCAUCACGGCACAGCACGUCACCCAGAUGAGUGGAAUCGCAGACCUCAUUCCCGGAUCCAUCAUCGAUGAAGUUCUAUUUGAUCCAUGUGGAUACUCGAUGAACGGACUCACGGACAACGGUGUGUAUUGGACUAUCCACGUCACCCCUGAGUCCGGCUUCUCCUACGUCAGCUUUGAGACGAACGUCGCCCUGGACUCCUACGACGACCUCGUCGCUCACGUGACGCGUGUCUUCCAGCCCGGUCGCUUCAUCACCACCCUCUUCUUUAACGAGACAUCUCCGUGCCGCGUGUCUGCCGCCUCGUCCCCGGCCGUUGCCGGCUUCGAGCUGCUGACUCGUCAGCUCGCCCAGUUCACGAACCACUACAGCCUGUCAUUCUGCAGCUUCACCCGCAACACCACCACCACCACCACGGCAACAGCAGCAACAACAGUCGAAGCGGCAACAGUUGCAGCACCAACAGUUGCAGCAGCACCAGCAGCAACAACAGCACCAGCAGCAGCAACAGCAGCCACAAGCUGGCGGUGGCAACAACUUUGA